GCGAGUUCUUGCUGUCAGCUAUUUUCGCCUUCUGUCAAAAUAAGAUAAAGCUGCUGAAAUGGAAUCGUAACAUUAGUGGCCACAGUUUCAAUGUAUGACCAAUAGCAGUUCCGACGAGCAACAUGAGUAAGACCAACGAUAAAACCGCAGACAAGCAGAAUGGUGAUAAGACGCAGGACAUCUUUCCGCUCAACAUCAAGAUAAAGCAGGAGAAAACAACGAGCUACGAGGACUCGAGCAAAUCGGAAACGGUCGACAAACUGUCCAUUGACGUGAAUCUAAAAAACAUUUUCUCCACCACAAUCACCAGCAGCAGCAGUGGCACGGAGAAGGGCACUGAAAAGGUGGACGUGAAGCCCGCGAUAGAGCCACUGAAAUCGUCGAACGAAAUUCUCACAGAGCUAUUUCGAGUAUUCAAUGCUGCACCGCCGGAAAUCAUUGAAGAUGACUCGAACGAUGCAGUGGAACAGGAAAGGAAGAAGAAAAAGCACAAACACAAGAAGAAGAGCAAAAAGAAAAAGGGCAGCGGAAGUGAUUCGGCUGAGGAGCCGGGAGAGCAUGCCGUGGAGCAAGAUGGUGAGAAGCGGGUGAAGAAGAAGAAAGUCAAGAAGGAAAAGGACCGUGACCGGAAGCACGAAAAGCACAAGCGGAGUAAACACCGGACUGGCGAAACACUGCUGGUGACGGUGAAGCAGGAACCGUUGGAUGAUGUCGAGAAACCUGCGAAACAACGGGACGAUGGAAAGUUGAAAGAAAACGGUAAACCGAAGGAAGUGAAGUCGGAAGAAGCAAAACCACCGCUGAAGGGAAAGAUACAAAUCAAGAGUCUGAAGGAUAGCGCCAUAUUCAAGGAACUUGCCACUGGUUCUCAGCCUUUGCCGACGGAGCGUCACCAUGACCGGCAUCUCGAGCGGGACAAACCCUCAUCGCACCGGUCGUCCCGGGGCGAGCUACGCAAACGCAGGACGUCCGAGACCGAUUUCUCGCUGUCGGACGAUGAGGAAAACAAAAAGGGAAGGUACUAUGAUUUCUAUCAAAAGAAGUACAACUCUUUCUAUGCUGGAUUUGAGGAGGAAAAUGAACGAAAAAGGCACGACCGGAAGCGUGACCGGCACAGUGAGGAUCGUGCACGAAGGCACCGUUCGAAUACAUUUUCCCACUCGCGUUCCCGCUCUCGUUCUCGUUCACGCUCCCGGUCAACGGAGCAGAUAGAUAAGCAGAAGCUGCUGGAAAUCGCUCGCAAAAAUGCCAUCAGCAUGCUGAAGAAGGGUACACUGCCCGGUGCACAGAAUCUGGACGGUGAGUCGAAGGCAAAGCUGAUCUCAAAGAUGCACGCCAGCGGAAAGAGCAUCGAAGAGCUGACCGCAUUCUGCAAGAAGAUUUCUCACAAGGACAAUGCGAACGAUCUGUCCAGCGUGUCGUCUGAUGAGAGCGAUCAUGAUGCGGACGGAGCCAGCAAAGCUUUCCAUCAUCCAUUUCAGCUCAAAGAAGCGGCACCGAUUGUGAUGAACAUUCGCAACGCUACCGCGAUUCAGCCGAAAUCGGCCGAAGAGAAAAAAGCGCUCCUAAUGCAGUUUCCUGUAUCGUCGGGAGCACAACACCGCAGCACGGAAACGGAAUGGAUUCCUGUAGAGCCUAAAAAGACGGUGCCACCCACCAAACCUGCCUCGACCGUAGACACGGCGGGGGCAUCUGGUAGUGGCUCCAACUUUGGCAACAGACCCAAACCGAAACCUAUCCUACCACCGUCGUCAACGUUUGUGCCGCAGCAGAACGCUGUGCCGGACUUUUCCUUACCCCAACCCCUGCCCCCAUGUUUAGUUCCUGCUCCGUCUCCAGCAGCGGACACUCCCCUAAGGCAACCAAAUGUUGGACAAAUGCCUGCAGCACCGAUUGUCCCUUCUCCGUACCCUGCUAACGAUCCCGGUUUACCCUACCAAUCGUCGUACCAUCCACCGGUUAACCCGCAAAUGCCACUGUCCACGCACCCGACGCCUUCCCACGUACAACCGUUUAACAAUAUGGCGACACCGGAUGCAACGAUGAAUCUUCCCGUCGAUACCAGCAUACCCCCUCCAAACAUUAAUGCGAUGGUAGGUGCUUCGCAUCAAGAAGCACCACCACGACCACUUUUCCCACCUGGUCCGGUGGGACCCUCGCAUCCACACUCACAUGGAGGCCCCGGGCCCUCGCAUCCACACUCACAUGGAGGCCCCGGACCCUCGCAUCCACACUCACAUGGAGGCCCCGGACCCUCGCAUCCACACUCACAUGGAGGCCCCGGACCCUUGCAUCCACACUCACAUGGAGGCCCGGGACCAGACAACGUGUUUAACACCCAACCGGACGCACCGAUUAUCGAUGUGUCACAAAUCGUAAGCCAACGUUUGAACGCUAUGCGUCGACUGCAGGAAAACCCGUCCGAUUCCGACGCGAGACAGAUGCUGUACAACACACAGAAGGACAUGUCGACGUGGGCCUCAUCGAAGGCAAUGCCCGGACAGUUUAUGGGUUCCACCGGUGUCAAUUGUCUUAGCCAGCGGGAACUGGCGGAAGGCUAUCAGCCUUGGGCUACCCGUGACAUGAUGAAACACACAGCACCAGUCACCGGCGGGAUGGGAAUGCAUUUGCUACAGAAGAUGGGCUGGCAGCCGGGUGAGGGUUUGGGCAAGGAGAAGAACGGUUCGUUACAGCCCCUCCUGCUGGAUGUAAAGCUGGAUAAGCGAGGGCUCGGCGAAGGCGAAAAUAAACUGAGACCGCAUCAGCCGUAUCCCAUGCCACCGUUCCCACGCCGUGAUGGACGGUCUCGGUUUAUGAGCCUAAAGAUCAACACAGACGGUAAGCAUCCCGUUUCGAUAUUGUGCGAGUAUGCGACGAAACACAAAUGGAAUCCACCCAUGUACGAGCUGGUGCACGAAAGUGGCCCAGGACACGCGAAGAAUUUCAUCUUUAAAGUGCUCGUGAACGGACUCGAAUAUCAGCCAGCAAUCCCUAACAACACCAAAAGGGAAGCGAAGGCAACAGCGGCCAAGUUUUGUCUGCAGCAGCUGGGCGUGAUGAUUACUUAAAGCUAGGACUGCUUUUUGUAUUAGUACAGCGGUAAGGGCUAGAUGGUUGACUAGAGGAUGAACGUAGCUGCAAUAUAUAGCGCCAACGCGUUAGGUCAAAUCAGUAUCGAGAGAAGGGAUGGAAUUCAUCGUUAAAUUUUUUACGUCUUCGGUUUUACAUUUCACAACCUGAACUACUGCUGUGUGUAGGCUAAUAAUCAUUUGUUCAUAUCGCAAAGACAUUUCCAUUUCAUGGAACUAACUAGUGAAUGCAAUGUGUGGAGUAGGGGAAUGAACCACGAGCUAGUUGAGCGGUUAAUGCCUUGGCCACGUCUGUUCAACAAUAUUAUCUGUACACAACGUUUUGCGCCUCUCUAAAGUGUCGAAAUCGAAGUGAAAUAAAUGCCAAGUUUCACUGCAACAAACCGCA